AUGUGGUUCGCAACCUUCAUCCUCAGUCUUCUGAGUAUAGCACUGGCUACCGCGACACCCUCAUACCUCGCCAAACUGGCCAAACACCAUCAUCAUUCCAUCUUUGGAACACAGAUUCCGCCACCUUCAACAGCGAAAUCUUUUCCAUUCCUGGCUCUUCCACCAGAAAUUCGCCUCCAGAUCUACCGCUAUGCUCUUCCUCAGCGUCAAACCAUCAUCCUCACCAAACCAUCAGCAGCUCAUUGUCCUUUCCCGCCUUCAUCCUCACCUCUAUCGAUAUACCUUCCUCAGGUGUUUGAAAGGCUUCACUACGGCUGUCCCUGUCAAACCCGCCUGACGCCGCCGUUUUUGCCACUGCUCCAGACAUGCAAACUCAUACGCAACGAAGCCCAGGAGCUUUUUUACAAUAACAAUGCUUUUGUAUUGAACAUUGAUAUCCCCAGGACUUUGCUCAGGAUCCCUGAACUGCUUUCUCUGUUCGACAAUGGAGGGGAUGUUUUGGCAAUGAUCAAAGACUUUAGAAUCAGAGUGGGAGGCAAUGUCAUGGUUGAUGUUUGUGGUCCUAGCAGUAGGUGGAAGAAGUACGGAGGGAAGGUGUUGGUUGCUAGAGUUCCUGCUGAUGAGAUAACGGGGUUGUUGAGGAGUGAAGAGAACAUUGGGGUGUGUGUUGAGAAGGUCUUGGAUGACGUGGGAGCGAAGGGAAAUGUGAGCGCUGAUCUCGUGAGGAAGAUUUUGGAUGAGGUGUUCUGGAAUUGGGAAGGUGGUGCUUGA